UUAGCGCCUUCAUCUGUUUCUAGGCGGAAUAUCUUGGGUUAUGAUAUAUUUUUUAAUCCUGCGGUUUUCAGAGCUUUUCCCGUUUUGCCUCAGCAGCUGUUUGGUUGUAAACCGAGCCGGAGGAAGGAACAGUUCACCCAACGCCCAGCUGAGCAGCUCCAGCUCUGCAUCAUUAAUGCUCAUGUAUCAUUCAUGCCGGUCCCAGUAAAACGCACACCUGUAACGGUACAUCCACCAUCCGCCCCCUGCGGCAUGGCAGCGGCCUGGCAGGUUCACCUCGCUCCCAUCCUCAUGACAGACCCAGCCGAGAAGCUUCCUGCAGGAGAAGCGUCCCAGAUGAGCGGAGCCGGUGCCGCCGCUCCCCCGGCGCUCCUCAGCGGGCUGUGGCACUGCGGGUCCGUCCGGAGGAACAGCCGCCUUCUGCCCGGCUCUUUGCCGCCUGGACUCCGGAGCAGAGCCCCGCUCAGGCUGCCGUCUCUGACGGCCAAAGCACCCCGCAGGCGGAGCAGCAUGGCCCGCCUCAGCCUGAGCGAGCCGUCCCUCCUCUCCCCGGGUCAGGACCUCCAGUUGGACGGAUGUUCUGGGUCUCGUCUCUCCAGCUGUUUACAGAUGAGGCCUCCACCUCCUCCACCUUUCAGCAAACCCCCCACCCUGCUGCCCUGCAGGAACUGCAACCAGCAGCAAAACCAGCAGCUCCAGAGAUGCAGCCGACCGGCCUACAUCCACUUCUCCCGGGCCAUCCGGCCCGCCGCCCGGCCCGCCGCCCAGCCCGCUCCGGUGAGGCGGCACUCACACAACCCAGAUGUGAGCGGGGAGAUGCUGCAGGGUGACUUCCGGCGCCGCAACUCCUCUUCCUGCCAGGGAGAGACUCUGUUUGUGGUGGGGAAGCCGUGUUUCCUGGGCUGCGGCCCGCGGCCCACUGCCGCCGCCAGGCCUGCAGGUCGAGCUCAGCUCCACGUCUUUCUGCCCAGCGAGGCCAAACCGGAGGAGGCGGACCGGGAAUCCGUGGAUGAAGGCUUCAUGGAUGAACUGGACUGCAGGAUUACAGCUCUGAAGCUGCAGCACACCCUCACCAACAACUCCUAGAAAAAAUUAAUUUCUACCUUGAUCUGACUAGCGUGCUCUAACCAGUUUGUGGACCUUGACCUCUGACCCUACCAAGAGUCUGACCAGAAGAGUUUCAUCAUCAGACAUCAGAGCUUAAAUGGAGGGAUUAUUUUUUUCUUUAUGGUGUAAAAACCAUUGGAUGAAUAUUUCUAAUAACUGUCAGUGUCGCAAAAAGUGGAUAUAAGCUCGAUAUGCUAUGUGGGCGCUGCACUAGAAGGGGCGCCAAACAACGGCAUAAAAAUUAUUUCUAGACUGCAUUUUCUGUAUUUGGCAGCUGUGUAUGGUGCGUUAUAUAAGAGUCACGCUGCAAUACACACCAGAAAGUACAAAGUUGCACCACUGUAUGUUAGUCUUAUACUGUAUAUUGUUAUCAUUAGUAUUAGUGUUAAUCUUGUUUUUUAUAUAUUGUUUUUAACAUUUUAAGAACUUUUUUGUGUGAACCUUCAGAUCAAUUUUGCUGUUGCACCUUAAUUUCCCCUUUGCUUAACAAUAAAGGUUGUUUCUGUUCUGAAACGUCAUCAGAGAAGUGAAGAAUAUUAUGAGAUUUCUGAACUAAAUACUCAACUAAUAAUUAAUAUCAGUUGUUUAUCAUUUA